AUGGCUUUGACAAGGUCAGCAACGCGAAACACCGGUGCUACGCCGGAGGCUGCGCAACAAACCACCGCCGCAGCCCAAACGAAGGCGGCUGCCUCAAGCAGGAAGAGGAGUCAGAAGAGCCCCGACGCAGCAGCAGAGCCCGCUCAGAAGAAGCCCCGCGUUACGAAGGCGAAGACGGCAAAGGCUGCGGCACCCACGGCCUCCAGCGUAAAGACGUCACCAGCAGCGCCCAAUACCGCCGUGCCCACCCCAAUUCCCAACGCGGAGGGCGAGGAGCUCGUUCCAGCCGUGCUCACCUUCUCCUUUGAAGAGGCAAGGCGGCACCUCGUUCGCGUGGAUCCGCGCUUCGAAGAUGUGUUUCGAAGAGUCAAGUGCAGACCGUUUGAGCAUCUCGAACGCGUCGAUCCCUUCCGACUGACCGUUGGCGCACGAGCCAGGGGCCAACAGAUAUCAUGGAAAGCCGCGGCAUCUAUAACACAUAAAUUCGUGCGCCUAUUUGACCCAUCUCUUCCGGAGAGUCUUGCGGAUUCCAAGUCUAACUUCUUCCCAUCCGCACAUCAAGUUAUCACCAAGGAUAUCGCGACUUUGCGCAGCGCUGGACUUAGUGGCCGGAAAGCGGAGUAUGUCCUGGAUCUUGCUGGGCGGUUUGCGGACGGCCGCCUAUCGACAAGGAAGUUGCUUCUGGCCGAUGACGAGGAGUUGUACAAGAUGUUGAUAGAAGUGCGGGGCAUCGGAAGAGUGAUCGACAUGUUCGCGAUGUUCUCGCUGCGGCGGCCGGAUAUCCUUCCUGUCGGCAAGUCUUCUCGCUGGGACCUGGGCGUGCAAAAGGGCAUGCUGCGCUGGUUCGUUUCCCUGCACUCGCCGUCAACACACCCGGUAUCUCUCCGGAAAGACAAGCUGUCAAAGGAGGAUGAGACUCAAGCCGCAGUCGCGGGGAACAUGAUGGCCCCCCCACCCAUGGGCGCCGAAGGCGAGGGUGCGGCGACGAUGCCGAGGGCCGCUACGCCCGACGCGUCUUCCAUACUACCGGCGCCCGAUGCCUCCGUCGAGCCUGCCACGGCCCCAAAGGGGAAGGGCAAGAAGAAGGCGGACGACGUAGCACCGGCGGGUGGCUCGGAAAACCCGCUCCCUGCGCCGUUCACCCCGUCGAUCGCUCAGACACUAAACAUGAAGACGACGACGACCGAAGACGGCGGGAAGUAUACGCCCCCGCCCUUGCCGGAGGGCCUGACUGUCGCAGUGAUGAAGAACAGACUGAGCGGGAAGAAGGUUAAGGGUGCACUGCUGACCCCGAAGGAGAUGGAAGACCUCGCGGAAUGCUGGCAGCCAUAUCGCAGCCUCGGCGUAUAUUACAUGUGGGCCCUGGCGGAGGAGCCGAAGUAA